AUGACCCAGGAACUCUUCGAUUCAAUAAUAGGUCAACCAGAAUAUUCAGUUGCUUCAUCAUCAGUGUCUACCGAUAUAUCUCUGCCCCCCGAGAUCAUACCUGUAGAACCUAUCGACGAUAAAUCCAAACCAGUUUCUGAGAUCAUUAAACCAGCGAAUGAUAAAGUUGAACCAUCUCCUAUCAAAUCAGUGGAAAAUGAACCUGAGAUUUCUCCCGACUUACCUGCAAAUUAUAAAUCCGAACUCAGCAAUAAAGAAGUCAACCCCCAAUCGGAAACAUACCCACCUGGAUAUAUACCUCGAGUGGAAAGGGAAAAACGUCUCAGAGAAUGGGCUAUCGACCACGGUGAAAAUCCAGAUACAUUCAUGACGAUAACUGAGAAAGAUAGAGACUUAUCGAGGAUAUACCGAGAUAGAAUGAUGUCCGAUGCAGAGAUAAUAGACUUUGCACGAGAUCAAAACCUCGAUCCAGAAGAAUUGAUGGACAUGUCCAGACGCGAGCGGUUAAUAAGUGAAGAGAUAUAUCUCCGUGAAUGGUGA